GUCUUAUGAAAAACGAGGAACUUUCUGCUAUUGAAGUCUACGAUCUGACACGGCCGACAUUGUUGAGAGAUCUUGCCCAAUAUUAUAAUGCCAUAGAAAACGGAUGGAAACUAUGCGUCAGCUGUGGUAUUCCAGCACUUGGGACAGGUUUACACCUGGAGCAUGCUGCAAGGCCCGGUACCAUGCAACCAGCUCUGAUUCCAGCGGAGUAUUUACUUACCCGCUUGAAAAUAAUAGACAUAAGUCAUCUAAAAUACUUGCAUACUGGAAUGGCCCUGUCAUUGGAAGUAGCACUACAAUGGUCAAUACUGAAGAACGAUCCAAGUGAACCCACGCUCGUCGUAUUCAAAUUCGGUUGGGAACCGCCUGCCGACCUGACGAGGCAGUGCGUUUGUAACAUAUCAGGUCUCAGCUACGAGCUAGCCGAGUACAUAGCACAGAACCUGACACGAGUAGUUGGUGUGGCCACGGACGCGCCAACUCUGGAGUCCAACGAAACACGGGAGAACAAAGAUAGAACUGUCUCUACCAUUCUUGGGAAGAACGGAAUAUACAUGAUUGAGAAUGUUAAUUUAAAGAAGAAAAUACCGGAACGCACGUGCAUGACGAUAGCAAUGCCACUGAUGUUGUCUGAAGCAAGCUACGUGCCAACUCGUCUCACAGCGUUCUGUCCCGCGCACUUCACUGACAAAUACGUAACACUCACUCUUAAGACGGCUUCACAGAUCCUUCACUCACCGAAGGACAAAUACAGUGUCAAUCUUAAUGAAAUUUUGAAUUAG